AUGGAUGGUCAAGCAUGGUAUUUGAGAACUUCAAAGCUGGCUCUGGCCUUGGCAAUUAUCCACUCAAAACCAGCAGACAAAAGCAGCAGAGAAUACACAGAGCAUCUCGCAAGGACGGUGUCUGGUCAGGAAUCAAAGUGGAGAGCAAAAGUCAAAGCCUUGGAAGCUGAAGUUCUGCAAUUACGUCAAAAACAACUUCUGAGCAGGAUUUGUUCAGGAUCAUUUGAGAGUGGAGGUCCAUCUUCCCAGUUGCAGGCUCAGGAACCUAGAAGUUCUGAAAGCACUUUGACUCUGCUGGAAGAUUCUGGGUGCGUUUUAUCAAAUGAUCAGAGAACUGAACCUUCAGAGAUGACCGAGCAUUCUGGGGAGAGCUGCAUCUCCACCCCCUUCCCACCACUGUCCAUUGUGAACAGACCUUGUGCUCCUCUGGAAAAGCCUCUAUCUUCUCACAUGCAGUUCUUGCAACGUCUGCUUGGACUGAAGACCUUGACCGAGUCAGAAAGUCUGAAAACAGACUUAAGCCACUUUGAAAACGCCUCUUCCACAGUAUCCGAUUCUGUUUUUCAGUUGCUGGAUGGCUUGAUCACUUUUUACCGAGAACCCAAACUUCCUUGUUCAAGCUUCUGGAUCGAAGCUGUGGAUACUUUAGCUAGACUGAUCGGUGAUUGUAACUUAUCUAAUCAUAUUCUUAAAAAGUGUUCCAAGAAGUUGGAAGAAUUCGAGAAGACCCUGCUCCAGGUUAUUUUAAGCAACAACCAUAUCAAUCGGUUUCAGGUGCAGCAUUAUGUCUCUCAGAGUCUGGUAACCCUGGGAAGUUGCAGCUUGUUGAGAAGAUCUAUAAUAUCUCUGCUUCUGUCAGAAGUAAACAGCUUCGCUGAUGAUCUGGGCACCAUCAAUCAGGUGCAAGCCAGUUACGACGUGACACGCUAUGAAAAUAUUUUCUCUGUUUUCUGCGUUCUGGAACAACUUCUUCAGAAGGAAACCGAAGAAGGCAACGCUUCAAAAAUGGGGCAUGAGGACCAAGAAAUCAAGAAAUUUCUUCAGAAGCAUGAUGAAACUAUUUUGCAACUCUCUGAUGCAUUUCCUUUAUUUACUUUUUAUUUAUGGAGACUGGGCACUCUCUUGAACUCAGUAGAGAUAGGAACUGUUGAAAAUAACUCACUUCCUUAG